AUGGAGUCGUCGAUCGCCGACGCGGAGAAAACGGCAGCGACGCGUCCCAUGGACUGCCCCACCCCCCACGUCGACCGCCUCGAAGCCACUGCAGCAACAGAAACUACCAAAGUAGCACUCCCAGCAGCAGCCAACGCCACUGCGACAGUCUCCAGCCACAGCCACAGCCACAGCCACAGCAGUAGCGGCAGCACGAACGCGUCUGUAGACGGCGCCGUUGCUUCCGACAGUCAGACAGCCACAGCUCCGCUGAAGUCGAGCGAGAAGCACGAGCGCCAGCGCUCGACGGGGCCACCGCCGCCGCAGAGAGCAGUGCACGCGGCGUCGAACGUGUUGGCGCUCGCGUCGCGCGUGCGCAGUCGCGACGCCGUGUCGGGCGUCGCGUCGGUGCCCAUGCGGCGCCACAACAGCUCGCAGCACCUCAAGCAGACAGCGCUCGAGCGCAAGCGGAGCGCAGGGGCCAACGCCAUGAGCGCUGCGGCAAUGAUGCGCGCGGUGCAAGCGGCGGGCGGCGCUGGUGGCGACGACCGCACGGGCUUUGCGCGCAUUUACUUUGAGACGAAAACGUUCACGUCGUCGACAGUGUUUAAGCUGCUGAGCAGCACGACGGUGCUGGAAGUGCGGCAGUCGAUGGCGGCCAAGAUCAAGAUCCGCGUGCAGGACUUUGACAAGUACGCGAUCGUGGUGGUGUUCCCGACCGAUAGCGCCGGGUCGCUGUCGGCCCGGACGCUGAAAGACGAGGAGCUCAUUCUGCCGCUGGUCGAGCGACUGAAUCGAGCGCGGUCGGUGCAGCAGGCGGGGGUCGAAGGGACCGAGGCGAUCAGUGGUGGCUCGUCGUCGUCGUCGUCGCGAGCGAAAGCAAAGCAGGCUGCGAGACCGCCAGUCAAGUUUGUGCUCAAGGACGUUCAAGGUUCUCAGCUGGACAUUGGGGAAAGUGCGCCAUCGCCAAAGCGGCAGCUGUCCGACACACAGUCGAUCAACUUUCCAGUGCUGUUAGGAAAAGGCGUGUAUUCCGGCUACCUUCAGAAAGCAAGUUCGAUCGAUACAAAUCUGUGGAGGAAGCGGUGGUUCAUCAUCAAGGGCGACCAGCUGCUAUACUGCAAGUCAAACGUGAACCAACAAGACGUGACGGCGAUCAGUUUGCUUGGUGCAGUCCUCGCUAAGGCUAAGCCAGAAGUACGCGUGGCGUUCUCGUUUCAGCUCAAGACACCUCGCCGCGAUUACGAGCUAUGUGCAAGUAGCAAGGACGAGAUGGUGGCCUGGAUUCAUGCGCUCCACGUCCAGAUCGGUCUAUGCUCCGAGAAUCACCGCUUGUACGAAGCCGAGAUCUGGAUCACCGAAGACGCUGUGACGAGAAGCGAGCAGGAAUCAGUAUCGCGAACAAUCGAGCCUUGCCUGCUGGAGCGUGUGCUUUCUCGAGAAGACUCUCUCAAGCUUUUCCGUGACUUCGUCGUUACGACCCAAUAUCAGAGUUUGCUGGACACAUGGAUCGAGUGUGAGCUGUUCCGACGCAGUUGCAUCGCCCGCGAGAACGGUCUUAUGAGCUCUGCAGGCAUGACAAAUCGUCGUACAGCUCAAGACGAGUGGAAUCACUUGAAGGCAAUCAUCCGCGCGAUUCAGCUGCUAAACGUUGUGCACUCAGACGAGCUGAAUCAGCUUUGGCAAAUGUGUCAAGCAGAGCAGAGUACGCGUCGUCUCAGUGCGACGCUGAACACGGAAGGCUACGUAGAGUACCCGCAGACUGAUGUCAUUGUUUCAGUGCAGCUCAAGCUGUUUAGGGCUGUCGAGGCCGGGCCCUUCCAGCAGUUCAUUUUGCAAAAUGGGUAUCGACUUUUGCUGGAGCGCAUAAUUGGAGCAAUCGCGUGA